CGCAUGACAUUGACAUUUCGUAAGCAACGUAAACAUUUGCCGUAAAGUUUGGUACCUAUUUGGAUAUUUUUAAAAUGCUGAUUGCUGCGAAUAUAAACUAUUAAAAUAUGGAUAACUUAAGCUUAAAAGAAAUUCAAAGCAAACUACUACUAUGGGAGGCCGCCGAAAAUCCUCUGGCGCCGCUGACAUCCUCUCAACGUGAAGCGAUACUAGACUUGGAAUCUAUAUCACACGAAGAGGAUUAUCCGUCGAAAUCUGAGGAAGAAUCACAACACUAUGACAAUGAUUCUACAGACAAUAUUCCAGAAAUUAACACAACCUAUGACUUUCUUAAUUGGUAUGAGAAUUUGAAUGAAACAAAUCUAAAAACACUUGAUGCUCCAUAUGAAGACUAUUACAAGCAGUUGGAAGCCAGAAGAGAUGAGUGUAUAUCACUCAAUAAUCAAAUAGCGGCCACAAUGUCUGAUCUGGACAAGCUGUCGGAGGAGUACAAGUUUGUGUCCAACAAAACAAAUGCCCUCCACACCAUGAGUGAACAGCUGCUAGCUGAUCAGACUAAACUGUCAGAGAUUGGGGAUGACAUAAAACAGAAACUACAUUAUUUCACUCAAGUGGAGCAUUUAUCACAGAGACUGAACAGUCCCACCAUGUCGGUCAACAGUGAAUCAUUCUUUGUAGUUUUGGCCAAGAUUGAUGAGUGCUUGGAGUACAUGAAGGCCAAUACAACUUUCAAGGAAUCGCACACUUAUUUAGUAAAAUAUAGACAUCUUCAAAGCCGAGCUAUAUCGCUCAUCAAGGCAUAUGUUAUACAUGUACUGAACAAUGCAACAGAACAGGUUUUGACGCCUGAUGAACCUACAGAAAGAGAGACGGCGGAUGCCGCAUAUGCGGUGUAUUUUGGCAAGUUUCAAGCUGCAGCACCGAAAUUAAAAUAUGUUAUUAGUGAAAUUGAGAAGAGAGCCGAUAACAGCGAAGAAUACGCGGCCCUGCUAUCCGACCUGUGUACGGAGUACGCUAACCGCCGGCGGCGUCUGUCCGUCUCCCGUACACCCUCACACCGCGAGCACGCGGCCCAGCUCCGAGCCGCAUGCUCCGCGCUGGCUCUGGCUGUGCGCGAUGAGUGCGCGCUGUACGAGCACUUCUUUAGCAGGCCCUCGACGGCGUUAGACGAGUACCUCCACUCCCUCUGCAACGGUCUGUACGAGGGCAUGCGGCCAGCCAUCAUCCACGUGAACCACCUGGAGACGCUGGCGGAGCUGUGCGUCAUACUGCGCGUCGAGGUCAUCGAGGAGCAGGUCAACUCGGACCCAACUCUAGCGCCACUCGGUGCGGCGGCGCGCGCCUUACUACAAGACGCACAGGAACGGCUCGUGUUCCGAGCGCACGUGCAGCUGCGGGCUGACGUGUUACACUAUCGCCCGGCGCCCGGUGAUCUCGCUUAUCCUGAUAAACUGAUGAUGAUGGAGCAAAUCGCCCUAUCCCUCCAAGAACAAACCCUUAAACGCAGCGACAGCCGCAACUCCAUGGUGUCGGACAUUUCCGCGACGUCGCAGGAGGUCGCCAACAUUAACAUUGAAGCACAGAGGCGGCCGCAGGCGUCGCCGGCUGAUCUACAUGGUAUGUGGUACCCGGGGGUUAGGAGGACGCUCGCUGCACUGUCCAGAUUAUACAGGUGCCUAGAGAAGAGAGUUUUCCAAGGACUAGCUCAAGAAGCAAUAUCUAUAUGCGUUCAAAGCGUAGACAACGCGGCCAAGCAAAUAUCAGCAACAAAAACUAACAUAGACGGCGAAUUAUUUGAGAUCAAACAUUUGUUGAUAUUGAGAGAGCAAAUAGCUCCUUUCCAAGUUGAUUUUGUGGUAAAAGAAACUACGCUUGAUUUCAGUAAUAUGAAGAAUGCUGCGUACGGUUUGAUUCAAAGACCGAGACAGAUUUUCUCGCUGAAUAGCAAUAAUGCACUGCUUGAGUUUCUUCUAGAAGGCACGCCUAUGGUCAGAGAACAUUUGUUGGAUUCAAGAAAAGAGGUGGAUAGACAACUGAAGGGAUGCUGCGAGAGUUUCAUCAAACAUUGCACGGACAUUCUGGUUGGUCCGUUGAUCGAGUUUAUGGAAAAGAUUAACACUGUACCUCCCGGCGCCCAACUGCGAUCCCAGCAGUGGGCAACGCCAGAACAAUUGGCCGUUGUUGUGAAAGAAGCCCAGAAACGGAUCAAAAGCAACCUCGCACCGCUACAACGGUCCAUGCAGUUGUAUCUGUCUAACAAGGAAACUGAGUUCAUACUCUUCAGGCCUAUUAGGAACAACGUCGUCGGUUACUUCGGUCAAGUAAGUCAGCUGCUAACGAAUCCGAAUCACGCAUACUCGUACGAGGACGGUCUACUCGUAGCGUGCCCUACUCCGGAGCAAGUGGCCGUGUUCCUCUCAUCCGCGAGUCUGAUCAGCCAUAACGAGACUGUCCUGCCAUAUGGGAAGAAGAAACAGGCGGCGGUACGGAAACCCAGUGUUACCAGCGUACCUGAGAACACCGAGGAGAAACAAAAUGAAGAGACGAAUAAAUAAAGAGAACUAGCGCCACAAACAUUUAUCGUGCUAUCGAAGUUUCCAAAGUGCGUCGGUACGCGACAACGGAAAUAGGUAUGGAGAUACUUUGAGUCCCGGCAAAGGACAUAGGAUUCUUUUCA